AUGACGGGGAAGUCGGUGUACUCUACCAGUGACGAGUCGUUGUCGCCGCAAGUGCAGGAGCGCGGCUCUUUGCGGACCUCUGGCGACGGCCGGAGCCAAUUCAUCGGCAGCUCUAGCGGCGUCUACUUUGUGAACACGGUGCGACGGGCCUUUGCCGACGCCGACGUGCGCCUUUCGUCUGUCUUUCAGGACAAGGACAACCCGUCCCCGGAGGAUUGCAUUGUUGCGGACGAAGACGACGGCCGCUCCACAACAAGGAGGCCCGGCGAGGCCAGCACGGCACCAUCACGGGCGCCAAGUCCUCGGCCGGGCGCCGCCAGUCCGCAUGGCUCCGGCAUCCCGGUGGAUCUGGGCCGACCUCCGCCGCGCGAUGUCGCGAGGAAGCUGUUCAUGAUCUACUUCCAGACCUGGCACCGAUUCUUUCCCUUCCUCCAUGGCCCCACCUUGGGCAAGGACCUCGAGUUGCUGUACUCGUCGUCAGACGAGGAGCCGUCGUAUUCGGCCGUCACACAGGAUGCUCCAAACGGGCUGGUGUUGCCCCUUGCCCGUGUCAUCAUCCUACAGUGCCUGUUCAAUCUGGCGAGCCUCCAUAGCGACGUGGAGCUGCCGGCUGCGUCACGGAUCGGCAAGCCCUCUCGAGUUCUCCCUUAUCUCCUGGGCCUCGCUGCCAAGGGCGAUAUCAUCUCCAUCCAAGCUCUCUUCGCAGCCGAGCUCCUUCUCGUGGCUCGCAUGUCCCUCCGCACCGCCGUGGUCGUCGCCGGCCUACUCUCACGCGCCAUCUUCUUGGCGGGUCUCCACCGCUGUCCCGUCCGAUAUCGAGAGCUCUCGGCCGACGACUGCGACAUACGCAAGAGGCUGUUCUGGAGCAUCUACGUCCUCGAUAGAUUCCUUUCGCAGGCUCUCGGGCACCCCUUGGGGAUUCAGGACUCUGAUAUCGAUGUCUGCUCCCUCGCCGGGCCUGAGCUUCAUCAUCGACACUUCCCGCCCCAUGACCCGCCAGAAAACUCACAUGUAGCGGCGUCAAACGGCCAGCCUAGCCAAGACGCUUCCUCGACCCCAGCAGGCGACCAGGAAACUGGAGGGUCAGCCCUCGACGGACCGAGCCAACAGUGUGGCCGCCAUCUGAUUCUCUUCUGCCAGGUCGAGUACUCUCGCCUCCUAGGCAGGGCUUUGGAGCUCUUCCACAAGUCCAUCCACAUCCGCUCCAUAGACCCUAGCACGGUGCUUUCCCUGCGGACUGAUAUGAACGCGUGGUGGAACUCGCUGCCGUCCGAGCUGCAGGACUUUGGCUUCGUCGCGGAGACGGAUAAGCCGUCAGAUGAGCAGAGCCAGCUCUUCAGCGCGUCGGCCUUCUUCAAUCUCCUGCAUCACCAGCUGCGUCUCCUGAUACACCGUCCGUGGCUGUCUCUGGAGCCGUCUUCUGCCGAGUUUCAGUCUGCACUGCAGAUAUGCAUUGGCUCAUCGCGCGACAUUAUCCUGAAUAUGAGAAAGCAGCGCAGCGCAGGGUAUGCGCUCUUCUGGCCGGGGCAUUUGUCCGCAGCUUGGAUGGCCGGCAUCAUACUUGCGUUUGCCUGUCACCUGCAACUCUACCCUCCGGACAAGGGCCAAGGGGAAAUCGCUCUCUGCCUGGACGUACUGUCUAGCAUGUCGAGCCGCUGGCCCUUGGCGAGGAACUGUCAUAUUGUCCUGUCUGAUCUCCAACAAACUGUCCGGUUGAACAGGCACACGCUCCUCCACAGUCCGUCCCAUAGAGCACCGACCUCUACGCCGAGAAGUAGCUUCCAGGCCAUCGGCCGACAUGUUUCACCAGCGGUUGGGCAACAAACUCCCGAUCAAAGAAGAAGUUCGAAGAGGAGACGGAUAGACCCGGAUGCACAGGCGGGUGAUCCGUCCGGUUUCUACCCGGGCGAUCUCCAACCACAGCCAAAUGGGCGCCAGCAUGAUAACAGGCGACAUGCCGACCAGACCAGCGCCCCGGGGCCUGGCGAGGCGGCUGCCCUAGGCUCUGUCGUCAACGAUCCUGCCGGCAGACUCGACUCGGUAUUCCUUUCUGACGGGCAAUCGGCCGAGGCUGUAGCUCUCAACCAGCCGCCUUUGCACCAACAACAGCAGAUUCCAUUACCUCCCCACGAUGUUCCAAUCGCUGUCACGCCGAACGCUCGGGGUUUGGAUGUGAUGGGAUUCUCUACCCCGGGUUUUGAAAGCGAUGAAAACGGCUGGAUGGGAGGACCUGCCGCGGGCAACUGGGAUGGCGGAAUGCCAGAUAUACUCGGUGGCGUCACCUGGGAGUCGCUACUCCAUGUCGUUAACCAGGACAAUCUCGCCUGGCGCGGCGGAUUUCUCUAA